AAAACACCACCCGCAUGCACACAGAGAAGCGUGGUAACUCAAAUUUGAUUAAGCAGACAAUAUGGCUACCAAGUACAAGCUGACCUAUUUUGAUUUCAAGGCGAGAGGAGAGCUGACCAGACUGAUGUUUGCCCUGGGUGGUCAGAAGUUUGAAGAUUACAGAUUCCCACGUGAAGAUUGGCCAAAAGAAAAGUCAAAAACUCCAUUUGGCUGGAUUCCCGUCCUGACUUUCAAUGGGAAGUCCUACUGUGAUAGCAUGGGAAUAGCCAAGUUCGUGGCCAGGGAGUUUGGUAAUGGUGGCGAGACUAGUCUUCAGAUGUUGGAGAUUGACCAGGUGACAGGAAUCGUUGUGGACACACUAGCUGCACUCAGCAAACUCCUUUUCGCAGAAGAAUCCAAAAAGGCUGAGGUGCACAAGCAAUCGUACGAGGAGACGUUUCCAAAGUAUCUGCAGGCCCUGGAGAAGAUUCUGACUGAAAACGGCACAGGGUUUUUCGUGGGCAAGAAGAUCACUGUUGCCGAUGUUGCCGUGUUCGAUUCCAUUUCUGAAAGGAUUGAGGACAGCCUAUUGUCCAAGUACCCCAAAAUUAAGGCUAACCUGAAGACAGUGGCAGCAAAUGAUAGGAUAAAGGCAUAUAUUGCAACGAGGAAACAGACGCAAAAUAUGCCUACAUACCGAUACAGAUACUUCAACGCAAGAGGACUAGGCGAGGUAUCGCGUCUGUUGUUCGCGAUUGCAGGAAAAGACUACGAGGAUGUGAGGUUUACCUCUGAAACAUGGCCGGCGGAGAAGCCAAAUACACCACUGGGACAGGUGCCAGUUCUGGAAAUUGACGGGAAGCCCUUCUCUCAGAGCAGCGCUAUUUCAAGAUACCUUGCCAGGACUUUUGGGUACUAUGGCAAGGAUGACAUGCAAGCCCUUGAGGUGGACCAGGUUCUGGGUAUCGGCCAAGACGUCAUGACGGACUUGAUCAAGUCUGUCUAUGAGAAGGAUGAAUCUAGGAAGGCAGAGUGCGCCAAGGCAAACAAGGAAGUGAAGUUUCCUGUAUACAUGGGAAUGUUUGAGAAACUUCUGAAGAAUAACAAGGAAACUGGUUUCUUUGUUGGAGAAUCGAUCACUCUGGCCGACCUGUAUGUGUUUGACCUCUACGAGAAGAUCAAGUCUAUGGUGACGCUUGAUGAUUACCCCCUGUUCAAGAAGUGCAUUGACCAUGUCGGCAGCAACGAAAAAAUCAAGGCCUGGGUUGAGAAACGGCCCGUAACAGAAAACUAAAUCGUUUCUUAAACGUUGUCAGGCCAAGCACGUCUGCUACGAAUACUGUGGGCAUAGUUAAAGAUAUGAAAUUAUUCCGUUGUCCAUUAUCCUGUUAAAAUGUGCAUGAUGUGAUGUAUUUGUUGCAGCUUUCAACGGUUUGUUUGUUGCAGCUUUGUUUGUUUGUGGUUGACAGUCAUCUACACUUUAUUUUCUCAAUUAUUUUACAAUGUGGGGCGGCCAGGUAGCCUAUGGUUAAAGCGUUCGAUCGUCACGCCGAAGACCCGGGUUCGAUUCCCGACAUGGGUACAAUGUGUGAAGCCCAUUUCUGGUGUCACACGCCGUGAUAUUGCUGGAACCUUGCUAAAAGCGGCGUAAAACCAUACUCACUAACUAUUUUUCAAUGUAUGGACACAGUUGAAUAUUAAAAUGAUUAUCACUU